AGCAGAGCAGCGCCAAUUGUGAACGUCGUAUUGGUGCGGUCGGCGUUAGACAUUUCGGAUGAAGCCAUACUGUAUGGGUUUAUAAACAUCACGCAGCCGGCGGUGAUGGCCCGUGUCGGCCUGGACAACUUCCAGCGGGCCAGCUACCUGUACCAGCUGGCGUGGGCGGCGCUGCGGGCCGAGCCGGGCCGGCCAGCCGCCUCACGUCUCUACGCCCACAUGCUGGCCACCUUCUCGCAGAAGGCCGUGCUGCGUCUGGAGCGGCGGCUGAAGCGCACCGCCUGCCGGGCCUGCCACGCGCUGCUCGCGCCCGGCGUCACGUGCACGGUGCGCACGCGCUCGCGGCCGCAGCGCUGCCAGGUGUGGACGUGUCGGGCGUGUGGCCAGAACCGCCGCUUCCCGUGCCCGCGGCCGGCCGGCGGGCGUCGCCAGUCGGCAGCACAGCAGCGGGCGGCAGGCGGCGCUGCACAGGAGCUGGCGGGGUCGGCGGGGCAGCGGCUGGAGAACGGCGACAGGCGACGGCUCGAUGCGGAGGGUGUGCAGACCGAAGACGAUCAUGGACGGCCGACCGAGAGACAACCGGAGCUGGAAGAGGCGCGAGUUAGAGAAGAGCAGCUGCCAGAGGCGACGGAGCGGAACUCUGCACUGGUGCCCGGGCAUUAGUCAGCAAUGCGUCAUCACUCGGAGCGCCGCUGCGCACUGGUCGUCAGCGGGCUGAUGGCAUGCGAGAGCCCACGCUUGCUAUAGCUCUGUCGCUAUUGGUGCUGUUCACCUUAAAACCACCGAGUUAGCCUGCUGUGGUCCACAGUGUGGACGAUCUCGCCUUAUACGACUGCUGAAUGCGUCCCGGUUUAUGCUCGGUUUCGUGAAAGUCGAUGAACGUGCCAGCUUGCUCGCAGAGUAUCAAUACCACGCGCGCAUCUGA